GAGCGCGAAGUCAAUCGACGACAGACAUCGACUGCCGGCUUGUUGACACUUACGGCAGGCCUAUCUGGAUUGCCGAUGCCCCCGCGCACUGCAAGAGCUUUUCACCCAAUCAGCAAGCUCUACCAGCCAGCGUCGGCCCGCUAUGUGCGCACAUCAUCGAGCUGGCAGCCCGUCAUUGGUCUCGAGAUCCAUGCACAGCUACUCAGUCCGGUGAAGCUGUUUUCGAAAGCUCCUCAUCGCUCCUCAGACGAGCCGAAUACCAACAUAGAGCUUUUUGAUGUCGCCAUACCCGGCACUUUGCCUGUCCUGCAGGCUGCUCCUGUCUUGUUGGCCCUCAGAGCUGCCCUUGCGCUCGAUUGCACCAUCAAUCACAUCAGUCGUUUCGACCGCAAACAUUACUUCUACCCCGAUUUACCCUCUGGAUGGCAGAUCACGCAGAAAUACCAGCCUCUGGCACAUAGUGGCAGUAUCAAACUAACGCCAGAGCAAGACGAAGGCGUUGCCGUCUCACGAGAUGUACGGAUUGAGCAAGUGCAACUCGAGCAGGACACCGCAAAGACUGUACAUCUUCCCUAUUCAGGCCUGUCGCAAGUCGACAUGAGCCGCGCUGGGUCUGCAUUGAUCGAGAUCAUCAGCGGUCCCGAUAUGAGAACGGCGGAGGAAGCUAUGGCCUACGUUCGACGUCUCAGAAGUCUGUUGCAGCACGUCGGAGCAUGCGAUGGCAAUAUGGAUCAGGGCUCAUUGCGCAUUGAUGCCAAUGUCUCGGUCAGAAAAGCCGAGCCUGACGCAUCCCUCGGACAACGAUGCGAAAUCAAGAAUCUGAACAGUAUUCGACAGCUUCAGCAAGCAAUCACCUAUGAGGUCGAGCGCCAGAGCAAGCUGCUAGACGAUGGCCAGGCCGUCGAAAGCGAGACUCGAGGUUUUGAUGCCCAAGCGGGAGAAACUUACGCAAUGCGCUCCAAAGCAGCCACGCCAGACUAUCGUUACAUGCCCGAUCCCGAUCUACCGCCGCUUGUUCUGUCACAGUCUUUCGUACAAGAAGUCAGGCAAGCGAUGCCAGAGCUGCCGUUGGAUGCUUUUGCUCGACUCAUCUUGCAAUAUGGCCUGCGCGAACGGGACGCUCGAAUACUUGUCGCGUACGGCGAGUCACGCGAUAAGGAAGAGUCUGCAGCAAUUGCUGUGCGAUUCUUCGAGGACGCAGCACAGGGACGAGACCCGCAAAUGGUGGUCAAUUGGCUCAUUAACGACCUCUUUGCUGCUCUUGCAGACCUCGAGCUGCCCCUGGGUCAAUGUGUCAUCACACCUGCCGACUUGGGCACCCUGGUCGAUGCUGUCCAGUCUGGCGGUCUUGCUCGAGCCAAGGCACGCGAGCUCUUGAAUGAUGCUCUGCAGACGCACUCGAUUCCGUUGCAUGAGCUGGUCAGCAAGCAUGUUCAGCAGGAUGACGUCAACACAACAGAGCGACUGGCCGCGCUGGCCCAAGACAUUGUCAUCGCAUUGCCUGACGAAGCGGACAAAGUCCGCAGAGGUAACAACAAGGUGAUGCAACGUAUGAUUGGCGAGGGCAUGAAGCGCACUGCCGGCCGCGUGGACGCGAGAAAGCUCACAGAGGCACUCAGGCAAUGGCUUCACGCUACUGGCGGUACCUAACGACUUCGUGAAUUAUGCAUUACAG